GGGCGCCUCACCUGAGGUCGCCAGUGCUGCUCGCCGCCGCAGCUGCCGCGUUCGAGCUGUUUCGUCGUCAGUGUGCCGCCCACCAUGUUCUCCCAAACCUCGCGCGAUUGUGCCGGCGCCGGCGCGUACAACUUCUACCCCAUGUACCACGCGCACCACGCGGCUGGCUCGCAGACGGCCGGCUAUGGGGACUCAGCCGCCACGCACCUGACGCUGCCGUACUCCCAGUACCCUUCCGAGGCGGGCUACUGGGACAACUACCACCGCUCGGUGAUCGGCGGCUACAACGAGUGGCACGGCCAGGGUUUCGGCGGCGCGCCGCCGCUGGCCGCCGCGGCGCCGGCCCACCUGGCCACCCAGCCGGGCACGCCGUCCCCACAGCAGUGUCCGGCCGGGCCGGGCGUGGCCGCCGGCAGGAACGACUCGCCCGACAGCGGCAUAGUGACGGGCGCGGCCGACCUGCCGCUCUCGGCCGGCUCCGGCGGCCUGAUGUCGGCGCCGGGGGGAGCGGCGGACCUGGCGGCCGGCGGCGGCUACCCCCGACCGCAGCCGCCGCCGCAGCAGCAGCAGCAGCAGCAGCAGCAGAGUCAGCAGCAGCCGCAGCCUGCCAGGGACAGCUGGGAGUGGCUGGACAGGAACUCGUACCCCACCUCGGCCCGACCGCCACCAGGGAAGACUCGCACCAAGGACAAGUACCGCGUGGUGUACAGCGACGCCCAGCGACUGGAGCUCGAGAAGGAGUUCCGCUACAACAACUACAUCACCAUCAAGAGGAAGCUGGAGCUGUCGCGCAUCCUCGGCCUGACAGACAGACAGGUGAAGAUCUGGUUCCAGAACCGCCGCGCCAAGGAGCGGAAGCAGAAGAGGCGGAUGGAGGAGACGGCCAAGAGGCAGAUGAUCGAUCUCCAGCAGGGCGGCGGUGGCGGCGGCGGCGGUCCCGCUGCCAGCGACAUCCAGCUGGGAGGACUGAACCACGCGCACCUGCAGGGAGUACACGGCCUCGUCCCGCUGCACCGGCAGACCCCUGUUAGCGGCGGUGGCGGCGGCGGCGGGGAGGCGGGUCGGUUUCCGCGGUACAGCCUGCCGGCCGGCCACCCCAUGCACUCAGAAAUGGCAGCGUCUGAUCAGCACCAGCACCACCAGCAGCACCACCAGCAGCACCAGAUGGUCACCAAGAGUGAGCCGCGGGACGGGGAACCGACGGCUUUCUGAACGGACGCCGGCCGGGACUGAUAUUAUUCAGAGCGGGCUGCCGCAGCCUGAGCCGCCAUUGAGAGUGGACGGUGGACGGUGUGGACGGUGUGGACGGUGAACAUGUAGACCGCCACAGAGCGGAAUGACUCUGAAAAUGGCCCGUACACAGGGAGAGUGGUUAAUCUCGAGCGGACGACGUUUAGAGAUUAGUGAUGAACUGAAGAACUUUGACAUCAGAGCGCGAGUCCGCGAACUCUGCCUGUUGUGUGCGCGUGCUAUUUUGUGUUAGCCACGACGAACAUUAAACAGAUUUAGCGUUGUGAGUGAACUUCUGUUGAGUGCUUGUUGUGAGCGUUGAGGUGAUUUAUUCAAUAAAUGACAAAAGACCAGCAACUUCUUGUUUAGAUUGAGAUUAGAUGUGUAUUGCUCGCUUUGUGCGCAUUUGUGUGUGCAAGUGUGUGCCUUUGUUGUGUUUGUGUUUAAGAACAUGAUAACGUCCCACUAAGAAUAGCUUUGGCCAUCAUGAAUCUCAUGUGCAUCCGUAGUCGCCUGGUUUAAAGCGCCGGCAGCAUUUUUAUCGCAAGAAAACAUUAAUUCAGCCCCCCUGACACACAUUCAACAGGCUCUUCUUUACCGCACACCGGGGGCCAUCUGUUGUUCUUUGGGCGAUUUGUCAGACAAUACUCCGCAAUCAGCGAGCUCUUUGUCACUCGUGCUGUCGCUUUUUGCAGGCUCUUUGUCACUGUCGGCGCCAUUCAAACGAUGCUUUAAAUCACUGCGUCUGCUAUCUGUGCCAGAAUAAAGUCAACAAUCAGCAUUGCUCUCAACCACUAUGACAUUCGACUGUCCGUCCUCUUGCUCAGUCCUCACAAGCGCGAGAAACUCGCCAUCGAAAGCAUCCCUCACCGGCCGAUUCGAAACUUUCAAAUCGUCAAAUCUCGCCGUCAUUCUGGCCGGCGCCGAGUUGAACUGCGCUCGGCUGUUUAAUUGCUGCUCGGCUGCGCAGUGGCGUUAGUCCUGUUCGAAACUCGUCCCGCGGGGGCUGGCAGUUCGGACGUUAAUCGAGCUAGGAACGAGCGCCAAUUCACGCGGCCAGCGCGCAUUGUUGUUGCGCGCCCGCCGCCGCGGCGCAGAAAUUAGCCGACCCGGCCCGACACCGCAGAAUUGAUCCCCCAGGACUUUAGAAAAUGAGCGGGCGCCACGGACGCUAUUAAUUUAACGGGAUUGAGCCCGAAUGGACUGAACGUCAAAUCGAGCUCAGAAGGCUGGUCACCUGAUUGUGCAGCGGGAAAGGAGCCAAGACUAUUCGGUUUAUAUGAAAUAGUAACUAGUUAUUUGGACGGACUAAAACUCGAAAUAUCGCCCGUAAGCCAAAACGACCAUGACCGAUUUCUUUACACACGCUGUCAGAUCAAGAUUAAUCUAUCUUGAACAGCAAAAAUUACUCAAAUUUCAGUUUUGACGCGUAUUUUUUAAACCUUUAGCGUAUUAGAUUGCACUGUAUGGCGGCGGUUUCCAGUGCCUUGUAUGUUCGAUUCAAGGACGGUGACCUCCUGUGAUUGAUGUGGUGGUAUUUGCGGGCGACCUGCUCGGAUGCAUUUCUUGUUUGUUGUAUAUGCUGAGCUACCGAUAGAGCCUACCUAGAUGGACGCUCAGUUUUGUCCCGAUGAUGGCGACGUCUAACUGAAAAGUCGCCACAUUUAAAUCAGGUCUCGUAUGAAACCUUUUUAGAAACACCCCUAUCCGUUAAACCACAUUUUCUGUGUGUUGGGGGCAUCGAGCAGCAUGUGCAGUGUGCACUUUUGGCGUACCUGACACCGAUUGACGACUUUUGCUGUUAGCUGUACCUAUGUCUUAUGUUAACCCAGGUAGAGCCGCAGAAAACGCAGAUAGAGCCGCACUGUGCUGUCCAUGGAAGUCUGUCUCGCGGGGCUCCGCGAUCUCCUAGCUUGUGGUGAAGCGGUGCUUGCGGGGUGCUCCUUUGGAACUGUUCGAUAGUGGGUGGAGUAUGCACAUUGCUGUGGGCCAUGUUCGCUCUUAAUUCGCCAUCAAUCGCAAUAAACGGACCUAGCUAUUAUUA